AUGAAACGGAUAGAUUUCCUGUACGGUGUGGUAUCUAUAACGAUUUUUCUGUUCUUGCCAAUAUUUUUCCAAGUGUAUGGAUUUUUGGACGUACAGAAGUAUAGGUCUGUUACCAGUGAUAAUUCAUAUUAUGAAAACUCAUCGGAACCUAUCCUUGCCUAUACGUAUUACAGAACACUUUUGUUUUAUAUUUUUACAUUUUUGAUUGUUCUAUUAGUUGGUCUGAUAUAUGUUUCGUCAAAAGAAAAGGAUUUGACAAGGUUUCAGAUUCAAUGCUACCGUCCCUAUUUUCCCUAUCAUUGUAUGGUGUGUCUUAUUCCAUUCGUUCUAAGAUACGCCAAUAUGAACGCCUAUAUACCUGACAAUAUAAUGGCUCAAGUGGAAUGGAACCACUUUUUUCUGGUUAUGUAUUCAAUUUUUCGAUUUAUCUGCUUUUAUCUAUUGUCUAUUGUUCGGCGGUAUGAUCUCUUGAGGUUGUUUGCGUAUUUAUUUGUGACGUUGAUCCAUUCAUUUAUAUUGACUUUCUUUGUAUAUAGUAUAUGUAGUAAUUGUAUAGAGUUGUUUAACUGUAUAAAGGAAAGCAAAGACGGAUUUCUGACAGCGUGGUCUUCUUAUGAUCAAAUUUUUAUCUACGAUGAAUUAAAUGUGAGUAACAUAAACGCCUAUGAAAGGACCUUUAGUCUUGAUAAAAACUUAUUUCGAUCCACUGGGAAAAAACUUUAUCAGACAUCAAGCUUGUCGAGAUUACAAUUAGAGGACUCGAAAGGAACUAAAUAUCCAUAUCAACGAUUGACGUAUAACGUUGGAAUCGGCGAAAGCGUAAACCUGCCUUGUUCUGCACUAUCUACUGGCCUUUUUAGUGUUUUUUGGUCUUUAAAUGGAAGUAAUCUUUGUUCAAAUUACAGUGGUUGCUACAUUAAAAACAAUGUUGAAAGAAGUAUUCCUUAUAAUGAAAUAAGCAGCGACAUAGACAUUGAUUUCAUCGACGAUAUCGGGUUUGGGAAUUUCACAUGCACUUUCCAGAUGUACAAUUAUAUUGGAGGAAAGUUACAUUUUCAAAGAAAAAAAGCUUCGCCCAUAAUUAAAAGUCAUGAAAUCAUUAUGGCUCAGUACAAUGUGGUAAAAUAUUCAGGGAGAGAAUUCUACAUCUAUGCAACACCUGGGGGAACAAUUGAUAUUAGAUGGAAACCGAUGUUUUUCAUUGGUGAAAAUGAAGACUUGAUCCAAUAUUAUUACGUAAAUGGGGCACAUUACAAUAGAAAACCUGGUUUAACCACAAUGUGUUCAAGUUUGUCAUAUCUAUACGUCAUAUAUGGAACGGCAAUGAAUUGGUUUUUUGUUCCAAACAUGUAUGAGUCCUCGCAUAUUUUAACAAACUACUUAAAAUUAUAUGAAACCCGCUUUACCGCUUGUGCUGGGUCGAGUGUUUUUGGCAUUCAUUCUGUCGAGUAUUUUCGACGAGUUUAUGACAAAAAGAGCAAUUCUUUUAUCUUUCGACUAGUUAAACAUCCAGACAAGAUAUAUGUUCUUCCAGAUUUGCCGUAUUUCUACAAAAUGGACAAAGCAACGAAGGACAGGAAAGAAGAAAUAAUACAAAAUCUACAGAAACUAAGUUUGGAUUAUCUCUGGUUUGAAAAACACCAUACUUUGUUUUUGAUAGAACGUGUUGUGCUCGAACUGAUAGUCGUAAUAUUUUUGCUUUUAUUUUGUAUUUUUUCUCUGUAUAAAUGGUGGAAAUGGUACAGAUGCAGCGUACUCCAACCGAUCAGUAAAAUGAUAUUAGGACAACCAAUUUAUGGAAUCGCUGGGCAGUGCUCAGCCGUAAGAUGUAGUUCGUCAUAUUGCUGUUACGUUUUCUGUGGUGAUUCUGAUAGGGGUUCGGUUUAUGACCAUCUCGUAGUUCCACUGAGAAAAGAAAAUAUUACAACGGGUUUUAUUUUCGAGGAAUGUUUGAUAAACAGAAGUGGAAAGUCAGUAUUUAAUAUACAUUGUGACCUGCUUAAAAAGUGUGAGCAUUUGAUAUUUUAUCUGACGUCCGCAUAUUUAGAGGAAGAAAAGUUUGUUGAUAUUCAGUUGGAGACAAUUCUCCAUUGUAUUAAAAUGGGUUUGAUUUCUACAAAUAGAGUGCUAAUAAUAAUUGCAGACAAUUGCGAACUACCGGAAAAAUUACGAUAUAACUUACCGGAGGCAGCUGCCAACAUUCAUGACUGGGUGACAAUAAAAAAUCCCGAUAAAAGAAUAGGACUAGUUUUAAAGUGGAUAAAUGGUUUAAAGAAUAACCCUCAAAAUUUAGAUGUAGUGGUAUCUACAGUGUUUCUUGGAUAAAUGUUUCUUUUAUGAUAAGAACAUAUCCUACACUUAUUUAAGCGGGAAAGCACUGCUGAAUUUAUAUUCUUCCACAAUUUGACCAUAGCAACAUAUUGCUUUCAUUUCAUUGAAUCCAAGUCCCUGACCUCCUUAGUUUAGUUAUUAUUGUUCGCCUUGGUCUUUCUCGGUGCAACCUUCUGUUUUAUCCUUGUAUUUGUAAUUACAUGUAUUGUCAUUGAAUGCAUAAAUUACAAUGCCUUAACAAAUGCCAGGGCAUCUUAGUAUUUUAGUACCUGACCUAAAGGACUGCCCUCUUUGGAGUUUUUUUAAUGCUUAUCUUUUAUAGUAAAUACUACAUUUCUUGGUGCUUAAUUGCCACCUUAAAUUCAUAAACCUCUAACAAGGAAGGUAUUG